CUCCGUUUCUGCGAUACGAUCCGCGGAGCGACCUCGCAUCGCAGUCGUGUGUGUGUGGUAGUGGAAAGCAAAAGGUAGUCACGCGCGCUGCGUUGCGUAUUUGGGAGUAUUCCAAGUGGUCCAGCGGUGUGUUUCCGUCGAGAGGAUCAAAAUUAUGUUCGCCAAGGGGUAGCCCCCGGAUAAAACGAAUACGAGGACGGUAGUCGAGCGGGCGAACGAACGCGAGGGAGGUAGUCAAGAGCAGCUUUGUAACGAGCAGCGCUUCGCAUCGGAGCGCCGCGACGACGAUGACAACGCGCGUCGCCGAGUAAGCUUGGCUCUUCGACAACUAAGAGGAUGCCACGGAGACGCUGCCGAAUUGUACCGGGGCGACGCGACGUCAGCGGGAUCUAGAAGAGCGUUUUCGACGAGAAGUGUACGGUUUCGGUGAUAAGAAGACGUGGAGACACGAAAGUGAGACUACGCGUUCCACAACGUGGACCCUUUUGAGGAAAAAUAGAUCGAGGCGGUGAAAAUAGAAGAUAAGAAGCCGGACGAGAAAGAGAGAGAAAGAAAGGUGCGAAGAACGAGAGUGCGAAGGGGAAGACACGCGACGAAGAGGAUCAUCGUGCGACGUGGCCUCUCGGUUUCCGGGGUCUCUCUCUUCGUGGGUGUUUUUACGCGUGCGGCCGUGGAUCGAUAGUUUGUCCCGCAAGCUCGUGCUGGACAGAAACGACGACGAGUCACACUACGUGUAAGAGACGCGCGCGAUCCUCUCACGUUCGACGACAACGACACCCUCGAACCGCGAGUAACGGGACCCGUGGGAGACGAAUAAAAAAGAAGAGCAAGUUUCCGAACGGGCCUAGCUGAAAGUGUUGCUUAACGCGACGGUUGGACGCAACGUUGUGUGGACACCGGAAGUUCCGCGGUGAUUUAUGGGGGACUACAGCACGACAAGUCUCUUUUCCAGUAUCCUGACAAGUCCAAAACCUGGUGCGACCACGAGUAAUAGCGGCACUGGCAGCAAUAGCAACAGCAGCAGUAGUAAAGCCAUCGGCAGCGCCGCCGUCACCGUAACAACAUCCACAAUGCAGGACGAUCUGCUGAUCGAGAAGCAAGCCACCGGCAAACCAGCUCCGCUCUCGCCGAGCAGCGCUCUCGACACAGUGGCUGGACAAGACAAGUCGAAGGACGCGAUUGAAGCGGAGAGUAUCGCCAUCACACCGACGACGCCUUCGUCGACGGAUAAGGAUAUUACGUGUAGCACGACCUCGGCCCUGCAGGGCUUCGCCGAUCCCGGCGGUCGCGUGCCUAGCCUCUGGUCCGCGCCAGACGAUAGCGGUUUGCACGCCGCGUUACCAGUCAACGGCUCGAUCGCCGCCUUUCAGAACUUUCCGGCUGGUGGGCCCGCGGGCCUGUUCGCCAGCACCGGUGCCGCUUCCGCCGCCGUGUCGACCGGCACACGUCGCGCCAUCACGGCCAGCCACAAUUUUCCUCAACAGCAGCAGCAGCAGCAGCAGCAGCAGCAUGGUAACGCGGGUGCACCCGCGGGUACCAGACACGGCGGUAUGCAAGUAUCGCAACAGCAACAACAACAACAACACCAACAACAGCAGCAGCAACAACCGCCGCCGACAUCCCAUCCGGGGGUCUACCUGCCCGGUAAGGGCUACGCCGCGUGGUCGGGCGGGCCGCAGGCACCGCAGCAGUGGGGUGCGGGCCCGCAAGCGGCUGCGGUCGCCAGUCAGGGCCUGUCACCUUGGAAUCGUGGCAGGUCCGUGCCUAAUCUACCGCCACUGCACUCGUCCCUGCACGCCGCCGCGGCGGUGGCAGCCGGUCUGCAGGGCCGUAAACCGAGUCCAACGUUUCCGGGUCAUCCGGGUCCGGCAGCGGCGCAUCCUUCCUGCAUCAGCCCAGUCAAGUUCCGUCGGAGCACCUCAUAUCCUGGCAAGGGCAACAUAUAUCCGCCUCAGCCAGCACCGACCUUCGAAGUCACCGCCGCCGAAGAGAGGGAUCUGCUGCAGUUACCCCCGUUCCAGCAGGAUCGUAUGACGGCUAAUGGAAACUCACCGUUAGACAAUAUGAGGACCUUGGAACACUAUCUGAGCGAUAUUAUGCGAGCCGGCGCGGCGGAUACCCCGGAACAUCUAAAAGGAUUCAUCAAUUGCAACGCCGCCAACACUCUGCAAUCGCUCGCUCAGCUACAUGGUAAAUCCCCGUUCUUCCCAAGUCUGGAGGAGCAAAGUGGUACCUUGCUGGAAGAUCCGAAUGCGCCGAAUCAGCUGGACGGCGUCGGCGUCGGGGUCGGUGUCGGCGUCGGCGUCGGUGUAGGCGGCGGAAUAACGGCAUCCCAAGCGGCACCGCUUUCAUCGCCGAGCCGGAGCAGUCCGCACAGCCAGGGUAGCGAAACCGGCGAACGUUUCUCCAGGAAAGUCUUCGUCGGCGGACUGCCGCCCGACAUCGACGAAGAUGAAAUCACAGCCAGUUUUCGCCGCUUUGGCCCGCUGGUCGUAGACUGGCCACACAAGGCAGAGAGCAAAUCCUACUUCCCACCGAAGGGCUACGCGUUCCUGCUUUUCCAGGACGAGGGCUCGGUGCAGCAGUUGAUAGACGCCUGCAUCCAGGAUGAGGACAAGCUCUACCUGUGCGUGAGCUCGCCCACGAUCAAGGAUAAGCCCGUGCAAAUCCGACCAUGGCGAUUGAGCGACGCUGAUUUCGUGCUGGAUGCCUCCAUGCCGCUCGACCCGCGAAAGACGGUUUUCGUUGGCGGGGUACCGCGACCGCUCAAGGCCGUGGAGCUCGCCAUGAUUAUGGAUCGGCUUUACGGCGGUGUCUGUUACGCCGGCAUCGAUACCGAUCCCGAGCUCAAGUAUCCCAAAGGAGCCGGCCGGGUUGCCUUCAGUAAUCAGCAAAGCUACAUAGCUGCCAUCUCGGCCAGAUUCGUACAGCUGCAACACGGCGAUAUUGACAAAAGGGUCGAAGUCAAACCAUACGUUUUGGACGAUCAAAUGUGUGACGAAUGUCAAGGUCAGCGCUGCGGAGGUAAAUUCGCACCGUUUUUCUGCGCCAAUGUCACCUGCCUACAGUACUAUUGCGAACAUUGCUGGGCAACUAUCCACUCCCGCCCUGGUCGGGAAUUCCACAAGCCGCUGGUGAAGGAGGGCGCGGAUCGGCCUCGAGCCGUGCCUUUUCGCUGGUGUUAACCCCAGCUGCGUUGUCCCUAAUUAUCUCGCAGCCCUAGCUAAUUAACUACCACCUCUACCAAUAUUUCCCACCCUCCCCUCACGUGCCCCAACCAACCCUCACC